CCGGUGAUUGCCUAGAGAGGCCGCUACCCGACAGAAGGGGAGCCGAGGCUUCCGCUCAGCGGAGAGGCAAGAUGGCCACGGCUGGGGGCGGCUCUGGACCUGACCCGGGAAGUUGGGGUCUUCUUCGCCUUCUGUCUUUGUACGUCCUUCUGGCAGGUUUGUGCUGGGGAAACUCAGUGGAGAGGAAGAUCUACAUCCCUUUAAAUAAAACUGCUCCCUGUGUUCGUCUGCUCAAUGCCACUCAUCAGAUCGGCUGCCAGUCUUCAAUUAGUGGGGACACAGGGGUUAUCCACGUAGUGGAGAAGGAAGAGGACCUGAAGUGGGUGUUGACUGAUGGCCCCAACCCUCCUUACAUGGUUUUGCUGGAGGGCAAACUCUUCACCAGAGAGGUAAUGGAGAAGCUGAAGGGGAGAACCAGCCGAAUUGCUGGUCUUGCAGUGUCCUUGACCAAGCCCAGUCCCACGGCAGGCUUCUCUCCCAGCGUGCAGUGCCCAAAUGAUGGGUUUGGUGUUUACUCAGACCUCUAUGGGGCCGAGUUCGCUCACUGCAGAGAAGUCUCGUGGAACUCCCUGGGCAAUGGCUUGGCUUAUGAAGACUUUAGUUUCCCCAUCUUUCUUCUCGAAGAUGAAAACGAAACCAAAGUCAUCAAGCAGUGCUAUCAGGAUCACAACCUGGGUCAGAACGGCUCGGCUCCCGCCUUCCCACUGUGCGCCAUGCAGCUCUUCUCGCACAUGCACGCUGUCGUCAGCACGGCCACCUGCAUGCGGCGCAGCUCCAUCCAGAGCACCUUCAGUAUCAACCCAGAAGUUGUCUGUGACCCUCUGUCUGACUACAAUGUCUGGAGCAUGCUGAAGCCUAUCAACACAUCAGGGACGUUGGAGCCGGAUGACAAGGUUGUGGUUGCUGCCACCCGGCUGGACAGUCGUUCCUUCUUCUGGAAUGUGGCCCCGGGGGCGGAAAGUGCUGUCGCCUCCUUCGUCACCCAGCUGGCUGCAGCUGAGGCUUUGCAGAAGGCCCCCGACGUGGCCACCUUGCCCCGCAACGUCAUGUUCGUCUUCUUCCAAGGGGAAACGUUCGACUACAUCGGCAGCUCGAGAAUGGUCUACGACAUGGAGAAGGGCAAGUUUCCUGUGCAGUUAGAGAACAUCGACGCAUUCGUGGAGCUGGGUCAGGUGGCCUUAAGAACCUCGCUGGAGCUGUGGAUGCACACAGAUCCCAUGUCUCAGAAGAAUGAGUCUGUACGAAACCAGGUGGAAGACCUCCUGACCACCCUGGAGAAGAGUGGCACUGGUGUCCCCACUGUCGUCCUCAGGAGGCUGAGUCAGUCCCAGGCUCUCCCACCCUCUUCUCUGCAGCGGUUUCUUCGAGCUCGAAACAUCUCCGGUGUAGUUCUAGCUGACCACUCUGACGUCUUCCAUAACCGCUAUUACCAGAGCAUUUAUGACACUGCCGAGAACAUCAACGUGAGCUAUCCUGAGUGGCUGAGCCCUGAGGAGGACCUGGACUUCGUGACAGACACCGCCAAGGCCCUGGCGGACGUGGCCACGGUGCUGGCACGGGCGCUGUACCAGCUCGCAGGAGGAGCCAACCUCAGUGACACAGUCCAUGCUGAUCCCCAGACGGUUACCCGUCUGCUCUAUGGGUUCCUGAUUAGGGCCAACAACUCUUGGUUCCAGUCUGUCCUCAGGCAGGACCUAAGGGCCUAUUUGGGGGACGGGCCUCUUCAACAUUACACCGCUGUCUCCAGCCCCACCAACACCACCUACGUUGUCCAGUAUGCCCUGGCAAAUCUGACUGGCCAGGUGACUGACCUCACCCGAGAGCAGUGCCAGGAUCCAAGUCACGUCCCAAACGAGAGCAAGGAUCUGUAUGAGUACUCAUGGGUUCAAGGCCCUCUGAACUCCAACGAGACAGAGCGGCUCCCCCGGUGUGUGCGUUCCACGGCACGACUGGCCAGGGCCCUGUCCCCUGCCUUCGAGCUGAGUCAGUGGAGCUCCAAGGAAUACUCUACGUGGACUGAGAGCCGAUGGAAAGACAUUCGUGCCCGGAUAUUCCUGGUCGCCAGCAAAGAGCUCGAGUUCAUCACCCUGAUGGUGGGCUUUGGCAUCCUCGUCUUCUCUCUGGCUGUGACCUACUGCAUCAAUGCUAAGGCCGACGUCCUUUUCAUCGCUCCCCGGGAGCCAGGAGCAGUGUCUUACUGAAGAGGACCCCACCUCCUGCCGGCUCUGCAGUUUACUUCCUAGAUCACUUGUCCCACUGGGACACAAAUAACAGUUUGUCACUGGAACCUCUCUGGGCCUGUCUGAGACUGGGAGUAAUAUACAGGAGUGGACUGUCCGAAAGCAGAAGAGAUGAACAAAUCACCUCCCCUCCCUCUCUCCCCUUUCCCAUUUUCUCCUUCUGGGUUCCAGGAAUAAAAAUGGGAGCUUCUUGCUCCUGUUGAGCUCCCAAGUUCCCCACCCUGGUUGCCCUUGGGGAUCCCUCUGUUCAUCCUACCCCACCCCCCCGCCGGCUUCCUGACCAGGAAGAAGGACAUAAGGGUGAAUGUCAGGAUCAGAGGACAGUGAGCCCCUGAGGAGAGGACAGGGUCUCUGGGCUGAGCCUCUGCCAGUUCCUCAGAUGACAUGUGGGGUGGACGUGCUGCUAGGUGGGCAUCCCGCCUCCAGCCCACAGUGCCCAGGCCUACUUUUUAUUAUGCUGUAAUUUCUAUUUUUGUUGUUUUGUUUUCAUUUUUUUUUGUAAAUAUAUAAAUAGCGAAUUUCAUUAAAAUAGAUUAUCCCACA